AACGCGUCUGAAUGACCUGUUCGUGCUCGGCAAUGUUAUAUGACUGAAGUGGACUAACACGAACCUUUUUCUCUGAGAAAAUGCAGCGCAGAGGAUAUUUAUUCAUCUUUACAGCGUGCACUGUCCUCGGUCAUGCUAGCAGUGAGCCCAGAGUCCCAAAUCGCUCAGCUCGUUCAGCACCCACCACCAUCACCAGACGCAACGGGGCCACCUCCAGCACCAGAGAAUUUGAAGAGAGCAUUGACAUACUGAUAGAAAAAAUACAGUCUUUGAAAAAUGCUGAACCUCGAGAGCAGGAGGAGAUGAGUGUGAAGACUGGGCUCCACUCAAAUCUCCAUCCAUCGCAGAGUAAACAGACCAGUAGAACGGGGCCUUCCAGCCGUGCUGCAACAAACGUGAACCUCAACAAUUACUUAAACACACUCAGCAGUUUAUAUUCCAUCUAUGAGCCAGUGCUGGUGGAAAGUUUCCUCCAGAACCUUCCUCAGACUCUCGUUUGUGUGUUGGCAGACAGAAGACAGUGUGGAUGGCAAGCAGACUUAACAACGACACUGUCCACCAGGUUGAGUGGGCCGGUUCUUUCCCUGCUGUCAUCCCUUAAAUCUCAGACGUGCCCAUCCACGUCGAGUAGCUCUCCAAGAACGAUCGACUCCACGUUGGCUCAGUUAAGCGCAUUUCAGGAACUGGUGACGGCUGCUUUGUCCUCAAAUCUGCCCAUCUACCUCUCUGAUAACUUCCUGUUGGCAUGGAAUAGUUUUAUUGACUUGACUUUGCCGCCAGUGGUCUCCUUCAUUUCUGAAUUCAUGGUGAACUUUCUUCAAAUGUUUGUGGAAUUCCUAACAGUUGGACUACAGAUUGGGGUUGACAUCCCUUCACUGGACCAGACUCAGCAGUGUCAGCAAGGUGACCUAAAGCAGCUUCUGAUGUGGGGAAUGAACCACAAUUUGACCUGGUCCUUUGGAGAAUCCAUCCUGAAUAUGUUUUUGGCUCUUGAUGCAACUCCAUGUGGCUACACUGACACAGAAUGCCAGAAUACGCCGACUCUCCAGCUUGGUCGCUCCAGCACAUCCCAAAUGGACAAUCCCACAACACGACUGAGCUGCGAUCAGCAGGAUGUAAGCCAACUCAAUGACACCUUCUGUGCAGAUAUUUUAGCCAAUGCAUCUCAGGUUCCUGAUGCUCUCUACAGUGUCUGUAAAGCUUUGAGCACUCUCUCCCACUCAGAGCUAAUCCUGAUGUGGAAAAACACUUGUCAAAUGGUCCAGCUUGUCCUCACACCACUCUUGGAACCUUGCCCUCCUCUACCCUCUGAAUCAAGCCAGCGGGUGGCACGAUCCACCCUUAGCCUCAGCCAGCUGUUCUGCAACUAUGAGAACUGGACCACAGUGGAAGCCAUUGACCCAGGUCUGGUAACAAUGUGUAGCGACAAUGACCCUGACGCAUUCCUCCAAGGUGUCUGUAAUAAUGUUGCUGUGAUGCAAACCCUUAUUGUGAACCCCAGCAACGCCUGGGUUUGGGAAUACUGCGCAAAUGCUUCAGAUCGAUACAUGAUUAGGCAGUACUGCGUUUAUGAAACAUGGACUCCUCAAACACUUGACCCCUCCAUUGUGGCACUUUGCUGGAGCAAUGACCAAGUGAGAAUGGAGACCCUUUUGUGUCAGAGUUUGGACUUUUUCAUGGUUGUAUUUUCCAACCCAGAAAACGGUUGGUUAACACCUAACUGUGCUGAGUUGCCUACUUCCCAGCCAGUCAACAUUGCCAUGCUUGUAGCAGAAUCAUGCAGGUACUCAGAAUGGCGCAAUAUAAAGACAGUCACCAUAGACCAAAUAUCACUGUGUAUGCAAAAUGACGAGAUUCAAUUUGUGAGUGAGGUAUGUGCCAAUAGUACAUUACUUGCUGCACUUGUCAUUAAUGAGGGGAAUUCCUGGGUGAGAGACUACUGCUUUAUCUCUCUCAGCAAUCCUCCAACAAGUCCACCAGCAGUCUCUGGCAUCACUGUCUCUCCAACAACUCCCCUGAUAAGCUCACUCUCAGUGUCUAGUACUGCUGCUCCUAACACAACUCCCCCAACCUUUCCGUCAUCACUCUCCAACUACACACUUUUUCCUACUACAACUCCAACAGUCUUGCCAGGGACCUCUACUAUCCCUCUUUCCAGCACAACUGUUUCUUCCUCAAGUCUCCCAACAGUUCUGCCAACAAUUUCCACUAUUACUCUUUCUCCCACAACCCCUCUGACCUUCUCAUUAACAGCCUCCACCAUUAGUAUCUCUCCCACAAAAGUCUUCACAGUUAUGUCAAUGGCUUCAAGCCUUACUCAAGCAUCACCAACAAACUCCAUCUUAAGCCUAUCUAACACAUCUCCCUCGACCAGUCUGCCAACAGUCUCCAGUGGCACACCCUCCCUCUCAACUCAACCAACCGUUCCAUCGACAUCUUCCAACAUUACUCUUUCUUCAUUCUUUUAUACUUCCAGCAUGACUGUCUCUGCCAAGACUUCUACAACAGUCUCCAAUCUUACACUUGCUUCUGUAAAUUCCCAGACAGUGUUGCCUACUAUCUCUAGUACUGCAUUUUCAACCAUCUUACCAACAAUUUCCAGCAGUACUCCCCCCUCAAAAACCCUUCCAACUGUCCUACCUGCAGUUCCCAGCGUCUCCAAUUUAUGUAAAUAUGCAUCGUGGGGAGUUUUGCCCUUGGACCCAUCGGUAGUUGGUCUAUGUUGGCAGCUUGACACAGCAGCAUUCUAUUUGAAUGUGUGUUGUAACACAUCAUUAUUUGAACAUCUGACCCUUGAUGCUAAGAACCAGUGGCUGAAGUCUGUUUGUUCUGAUAAUGACAUGACCGGCUUGUUGCCUCACGUUUGUCUGUACUCUGACUGGAGCCAACCCACCAUUGUAGACAUGACAGACCUCGCUCUUUGUGCUGAUCUUGACACUGUAAACUUCACCAAGAAGGUAUGCAACAAUACUACUGUUCUGCAGAACCUUUUGGCCAAUUUAGACAACACCUGGUUACUGGAGCAGUGCUCCAAUCUUACAGGGUCUAGCUCAGGAGGUUCAGGAGGAAGCAAGGGGAGUCUAAUGGGCUUCAUACCCUCUGUGGAAUGCCAGUAUGCCAGUUGGGCAGUCAGACUACCAGAUGCCGCCCUUCUUGCCCUUUGCUGGGACUAUGACCAGGCAAACUUCAUCUCCUCAAUCUGCAACAACCCUACCAUGCUCUCUCACAUAAUCCAGGAGCCUUCCAGUCUCUGGGUGAGAACUCUGUGCACCACCUACUCGAACUCUACAAAGAUUACCACCCAGUCCAACAACACCAACAGUGGAACCUACAAUUAUACCAAUGGUGCCCACCCCUGCCUGGUGAAAGAGCUGAUUGACAGGCUGAACUGGUCAUGCAGUAUAGAUGUGAGUGCAGCUUGCCAGGCAGAAAUAAGCCAGUUCCAGGGUUUGCAGGUAUUCAUUCACUGUGGGGUGGAGGUUCUCCUGCCCCGUUUGCAGAAGACGCUGAACCCGCAGGUGGCUUCUAUAGUCAGGCAGGCGACCAGUGUAUGGGUGGUUCUACUGCUAGUCCUAGAAGAGAACGAAAUGACAACUCUGAGGGUGACUGAUUACAUUCGGCAAAAUGUGGUGGAUUCCGUGUCUGCCUUCCUGGAGAGGGAAACAAAAUUUGACAACAAGCAAGUGCUGCUACAGUGUUUUGGGAAAGUGCUGACCAGCCUGAUGCAGACAGGAAGAGAUGUGUACAGCAAUGGAUCUUUCCUCAUCAAGGAGUAUUUCCGUAUUCCUCUGGCCAAUUUAAGGGCAGUAUUUAGUUCACUGGAUGUCAGCACCAUAAGACAAAUUUUACAGUACCUCAGCCGGGACCUGACCAAUCUGCAGCUGACUGAUGAGUAUUUACAUACAAUGGUGAACGUACUGAUCCAAGUCCACCUGAGGCGAGAUGAGACCCUGUUCAUUGACCUGAGCCCUCUCCUGAGCUUGGCAACACCAGAGGACAUCAGCUCUCUACCUUCAAUGCAGAACAAUGUCAAUGUAUUAAAUGUAAUCAACAGCAUCAUCAACAGCCUGUCCCUCGAGCAGCGUCAGGCUUUCGGCUGGUGGUUCAGCCAGUCUGUCGGUAAGGCCAACAUGACGGCUGGCGGCUUGUCCUUCAUCCGAGACCAUGGUAACUUGAUAGCGUAUCUACCGUUCCAGAGCUUCCAGUACCUCACACCUGCUCAGCUCUUGGAUGGUCUGGAUGUCCUGUUGAGGAAUGAUUUGGGACCCCUGAAGCAGCAGUUCAUAGCUCAGAGAAUCAUUGGAGGGUACAAGAACCUCACAGCAGACCAGUUCAGAAGAUUAGCCACAUUGACAUGUUGGGCUAACCAGAAUGACCUGCUAGCAUACAUGGGCAGUGAUGUGUCCCCGGUAAUCCAAGAAAACAUCAGAACAUGUGUAACACAGGGGAUCAGCGUACCUAGCUCUGUGAUUUCCAGUCUGUUUUUGAACAUGUCUGAUGUGCAGUCCCCCGCCUCCCUCAGUCCUCAGAAAAUCUCCCAGCUCGCCCAGUUCCUGCCUCUGAUGGGCGUGGAUGUCCUGCAGCAGCUUAGCCAAACCCAGCUCAUGCCUGUCCUCAGUGUACUGACCUCUGUGCCCUUCACACCUUUGCAGGCUGCUGUGAUCAUAGACAAGGUGUCGCCGAGCUUGAGACUGUCUGAGUCGGGUUCUGGAGUGUCUAAGCUGAAGUUUCUGGCGAGUGGGCUGAGUAUGGAGACUCUGCGGGGUUUGUCAUCUGAUGCCCUGCUGACUGCACUGUCUAACUUUAGCCAAUAUCCCCCCCAACUGACUCCUCCACAGGCCAGUGCCAUUUCUACUAAACUCUGGGGUGUUUCAACAGUGGUCACAUGGUUGAAGGAGGUGGAUCCUCUGCUGUCCAGCACACCACUGCUCUCUGUGAUACCCCGUGCUCAUCUCUUGCUGACCAACAGCUCUGGUCCAUACACAUGCAGCUGGAAUACACAACAGGCCAAAACCUUAUUCAAUGAGGCUAUGACAUCCAUACAAAGCCUGUCAACACUGCAGUUCACGUCUCUGGGGACAGUUGCUCAGGGCGUGAGUUGCAAAGUUUUGUCGAAGCUGAUUCAGAACAAUCCAUCAGUAUCAUCCAUGAGUGACGUUCUGGGGGUUCUGAGAAAACAGCCCGUUCCACUCCACCCAUCACUAAAGAAGUGUCUGAUUGAGGAACUGUACAAACUCGCCUUCUUCUCCGACCUACUUGGGGCCAUGGGUGCUCAGAUUGCUCUCUCAAUCCCGAUGAGCACUAUUAAAAAGUUCUCUGUGCUGAUGACUGACAUCCUGAGGAGUAUGAUUGUGCAGGAUCCACAGCACUUUCUGCUGAUGCCCACCACUAAACAGACCAUCCUAGUGGACAAGAUAGUUCAGCGACUGGGCAUGCACACUGGCAAAUACACCGAGGAGGAGUUUCGUUCUCUGGGUAUUAUGGCAACGUUCAUAGUGGACGAAGUGUUCAUGCAGCUGGACAGGAGCUUCUUUGUGGACAGUGUGGAGUUUCUGCGAGGCUUCUGUUAUGAUAGCAGCAAAAGAGAUAUUGUGGCCUCAAUGCUACAGGAGCCCAGCACAUUUGGCCCAGUGCAAAACUGGACUACAGUGACCCUCAAUCAAGUGGACAGGUUCCUGUUUUACCUGUCGAAAGAGGCCAUCCAGCUGAUUCCUCCGGACCUGAUGAGUCAGGAGCAGAUCGAGCGACUGUUUGUCAGUCAGCAGCAGUGGGAGAGCGGAGAUGUGGGCUCUUUGUGUGUACAGGAGCGCUCUGUGCUCUUCACCAAGCAGCAGUUUGUGCUUCAGUACUUCUUCGGCUUCCUCAAGCCAGGACGCACUGUCAGCCCAGUUCCGACCUGUGAGAGCCUGCAUCAGACUCAGCCGUCUGCCUGGCCUAUAACCAGCCUCACAGAAAUGCCCUCAUCAUCUUUCAGGAGGUGCCUGGAGCUCAUCGGCCAGGAUCCUUUGUUCAGCUCCUUCCAGCUAUCAGUGCUGCUUCGCAAAACCAAAGAAGUGUAUGGUGCGGUCUCCUCCUUCAAUCCAUAUGUUACGGCUGAGCUGGGUUACAUUGCCACACAGCUUACAGCUGAUGAACUGGCCUCACUCAAACUCUCUGAUAUUCGUGCUCUGUCACCUCUGGGAGCUGUUAAUAGCUGGACAAAAAAACAGAUGAAUGUGUUGUUCUCUGCUGUGCUGAACUCCACCAAACAAACCCCCAGUCAACUGGAUUCCAGCUCUUUUGUCGCCCUGGGAUACAUCAUUUGUGGGAUUGAUGCUGCUGUUGUCCGCAGUCUCAAUCCAGUUGAGUUUAGUAAGGCAGUGCUGUGGCUGGGGCGUCUGAACGUAUCCUGCUCUGAGGACCAGCUGCAAGCCAUGAUCACACUGCUCAGCCACAGUCUGGCGUUUGGGCCAAUCAGCUCGUGGGGCCCAGAGGUCUUCAUUGAGAUUGGAGCGUUUGCUGCUGGCAUUCCAGAUAUGGCCAUGUCUGCUCUGGUGAAGGAGCAGAUUGAAGGAAUCACCCCCCUCGCCAUAUCUCUCAUUCCAGCCAAAAAAUUUGUGGUCAUCUUCAACCAGGCCCAGAUCAGUAUGUUUUCCUACGAUCAGGCUGCAGCUGUCACUGUGGCCCAACGCUCAGUGCUGAGCUCAGUACAGGAGACAGCAUUGUCCAUGGUGCUCAACCCUUUGGAAGACAAACCGGUGGAUUUCAGAGGCAGGUCAUUUGGAGUAGCAACAAGCAUCUGUCCCAUCUGCCAUCUCUGUAGUUUGCUGGUGCUGCUGUUGACGUUUCUCUUCAGUGACUCUCUAUGACCAGCUAUCUCUCUCAUUUUUUGUGAAUAGUUAUAUGAGACUUGGACUUUUGUGCUGUUGACCUUCCUAAUAUUCUGUAUCUGUUUUCUGAAUGGCACUUUAAGCUGACCACUGAAAUGGAUUGCCUCAUGGGGUUUAGGCAUGAAAUGCAAUUCUAUCAAUGCUUGAUUAGCUUAUUUAUUUAUUUAUUUAUUUAUUUAACUCAAAUUGUAUGACAUUUAUUCAGGUGUAUCAUAGUGUGUUCGCAUCCCAAGAUUUGGUCAAUGUCAUGUAAAUAUAAGAUGACAUUUCAUUUCAUUAUAUUUACACUUUGUUAAUUACAGUACAAGGAUUGUAGCAGCUAUUUGAAUGUGUGAUGCUGAUUGUCCAACGGCAAAUUAUCUACUCUGACUUACUAUAAAGCUGAAUUUUGUUGACCACAGUGCUAUAAAACAAUAUAGUGCUUCAUUCCUAACCUUA